AUGGACUCUUUAUUAUUCGACGAAGACGACGAAUUAGAAGUUGAAGAAGCGGAACAAGGUUCAAGGGGAGCUAACGCACGGGAUCAAGGUGAAGACGCAAGCGAAGAGACUAGUUCAGAUACAGAAGAGACCAUAACAAUACCGCGAGCAUCGCAUUUAUCCAGACUGUUUGAACAAUUUAUGGCAUCUGUUCGUUCACCCGUCUUAUCAACAAGGAGUGAUUAUGAGCGUUAUACGAAUUCAUGGGUGGAUAUAUCUAAUCCAGUGGGAGUAGCUUUGCUCAGAAGUGGCGAAUUCGGUGUGGUCGAGGAUGAUGAAAAUCGCAAUCUAUGUCACAAAUUAUAUAUAAGGGAGACACGAGCAAGACAUUUUCCCAGGGAAUUGUUGAUGAAGUCUUUUCUUCCUAAUUCCCGUGCAAAAGUGCUAACACGUUAUCCUGCCAGAGCAUAUUCUGGACAGUAUUCCCAAGAUGGCUCAUUAUUUUAUACUUGCUGUCAAGACUUUCGUGUGCAUAUAUACGAUGCUACGGAUCCAAUAAAACUAAAACCCAAGAAGACUAUAACUGGCGAUAUCGGACGAUGGACUAUAACGGAUGCCAAUUUGAGUGCAAAUAAUGAUUGGAUAGCAUAUACUAGUAUUACUUCCGUUGCUUAUAUUGCGAAGACCGCUGUUGGCGAUGAUUUACGGGUCCCUUUGGAUUUCUCGUCUCGAGGGAUGUUGGAUUUUGGUUUGUGGUCAAUACGAUUCUCCAGUGAUUCGAGAGAGCUUAUUGCCGGAAGCAACAAUUGCAACAUAUAUGUUUAUGAUAUUGAAUCACGGAGAGUUGUUCUUCAAAUUGAAGGGCAUCACGAUGAGGUAAAUGCAGUAUGCUUUGCCGACGAAUCCUCUAAUAUACUCUACAGUGGGAGUGACGACACGUUUAUAAAAGUGUGGGAUCGAAGAUCCAUGAGAAAUGAAAAGCCAAGUGGAGUAUUGGUAGGACAUCUCGAAGGCAUAACGUACGUCUCUUCAAAAGGAGACGGUAGAUACUGUUUGUCAAAUAGCAAGGAUCAAACAAUGAAGUUAUGGGAUAUACGAAAGAUGGUGUCAGCCGAUAGAUUUAGGUCGGAGAGACUGGUAGCUCACAUGGAAGAGCGAAGAGGAACAUUAGAUCUGCGGUGGGAUUAUCGUUAUAUGCCUUAUCCCGGAGAUCCUGACGAGAGGCAUCCACAUGAUGUAUCAGUUAUGACUUAUCGCGGCCACAGUGUCCUAAAGACACUGAUCAGGUGUCAUUUCUCACCCGUACAUACCACUGGCCAAAGAUACGUCUACUCGGGUUCAGAAGACGGGCAUGUUCGCAUAUAUAGCAUCGAUGGACGCACCGUACGAAGACUUGACACGGCCACCGAAGCCGAUGCUCGCUCUCGUACGUCUAAUCGCUAUUACCCGUCUUCUCAUCCAACCGCAAGAGAUGUUAGUUGGCAUCCUUAUCUACCCGUAAUUGCAUCAACCAGUUGGUCAGGUUCCAGAGGCGCGACCGGGACUAUUGUUGCGCAUACCUAUGAAGAUCAAUCGCAAAAUUAA